AUGAGAAAAAGUGAUUUACAAAUGGAAUGUUCCUUCCGUGGAUUGCCCACCAAAGGAGAUCGCAGUAUUUUGAUAUCACGAUUGAUGAAAACACUCGACGAUGACAAUGACGUAAAGCCAAAGGGUCAUGCGCAUUUGCAAAAUCUGGAUCCCUCGGAUACUUCUGUGCUUCGUGUCAAGGGGCACACAACUCCAAACUCCGAGGGGGUUGGCGUAGGGCUGGUGCUAUACCAUUCCGAGACCAACGAGGAACUUUGGUCUGGAAGGAUCUACUGUCCUGGCGACAGAGCUGGCUUUGAAGCCGAAUAUUCUGCAAUCAUCAUGGGUCUUGACUUUUGCAAGUCCUGUGGCAUACAAAAUCUUGUGCUUCAGUCGACGAACAAUGCGAUUGUCUUUCAGAUCAACGGAAUUUACAAGGUCAGCAAACAGUCCUUGAAGCCAUUGCUAGAAAUGGAAAAGGAACAUGAGGAAGAAUUCGAUUCCUUUUCCGUGGCGGCAAUACCCAAUAGCGAAAACACCGUUGCUUCCGAGCUGGCAACCAAGGCGUUGUCGACUCGAAGAUCAGCCGACACUCCCAAAUUUUGGAAAUUCAACGAUCCAAUUUUGACAUUGUCGUCUGAUGUGGUCGAUGCUGACGUGAUGGAUGUCGAUACUAUCGCGGGUGAAGAAAUCGACUUGGACAACGACUAUACGGGUAUACCACAACCUGCAGAAAUAGAUCCGUCCAGAGUCUACUUGCUUCGAUUCGAUGGUGGCUCGAGGGGAAAUCCUGGAGUUGCAGGUGCGGGAAUGGUGAUAUAUGAUGAUCAGGGGAACGAAAUAUGGAAUGGAUGGAAAUUUCAUUCCGAAUCGGCUACCAACAAUGUUGCAGAGUAUUCAGGUCUUCUUUGGGGAUUGAAAUGUGCUUGUUCGUCUCUUGGCAUUACACAGUUGAUUGCGGAAGGAGACUCCCAACUGAUCGUCAAACAAUUAAAUGGGGAGUAUCGUGUCAAGGACGCAAUGCUGAAGAAGUAUCACAAGGCAUGCGUAGACGUGGCUGGAAAUUUUGAAUAUUUUGAGAUUCGACACAUUCCGAGAGCUGAAAACAGUAGGGCGGACUGGUUGGCCAACCAUGCCAUGGACCUGCAACAAUCGCAUGGAUGUGGGGAUGAGGAAGAAGAUUUGGGGUUUUGA